AUUCUUCGCCCUCCAUGAGUCCGCAACAGCCCAUACAAGAUCCUUCAAAACAAAAGAUCCAUCACCAGAUCGGUUUGUUAUCAAGGACAUUGGUGCCGACUCCGACUGUUCGCUCGAUACUCCCCGUCCGGAUCCGAUCAUCGACGAAAGACGAUUAUGUCUGUAUAGGCAGAGAUUUCAUUCAACUCUUCGAGGUUGAGCCCGAUGUUCGUGUCACUCAUAUCGCGACAAAGAGUGACUUUGACAGCGAGAUUGGUUCGGCCAAUGUUAUCGGUUACUUCGAUCCGUACGAAAGCGAAGACAAAGAGUCCGUCGACCACACAAUUGGCAACAGCAACUGCUCUGAAACCCCUAUGGGCCCGCAGAUGCUUGCCUUUACCCUGAUUGGCACAGCCCAGCUAUUUUUCCUCACAGCCUCGGAUGCUGCGGAGGGCAAAGUCAUCUUCAAGGGAUUGUGCAUACCUAUGCCUAUCUUCAUCAAUCCGCCGCAAGUGCACGGAAAUGCCAUAGCGGUAGAUCCCUACUCUCGAGCUGUGGCAGUGGCCAUUGGCGAGCACAAAGUCUUUGUGUGUUAUGCGAACCGAGCAGAACUAUUGAGAUCGGGGCAACAAAGAUGGAACGAGGGCUUCAUCCCAGUCUCUAGCUCCCAGACCAUUAAGGAAGUGCCUGGUACUAUCUUGCUAAUGGACUUCCUUUACCCGCCGAAACACGAUCAAGACCGGAUCAUCUUACUCAUGAUUGUCCUGCAUGAUAAAGUUGUAAGGCCAGUAUUGGUUGAGUGGUCAAACUCCGAAAAGGUCGAGUCUGCGGCAAUUAGGCAGGCUCACAGGAUCUUCUUGCACAACGCAGCUUUUGUACUCGCUACCGGAAGAGACCUCAAAAUCUUCGAGAACAUUUUGACCUCGUCGAUAUCCACGAGCGUUCUGGUUCUUGAUCGAGAGAAUCCGCCAGAGCACUAUCCACCAUCUUCAUAUAAACCGCUUUGGUCCAGGUGGGUGAGACCCAGAAGAGCCCUCGAUGAUGAAGAUGGAGAUUAUAUCUACCUGGUAUCCGAGGAUGGUAACGUCUAUUAUCUGGUCUUUGACCCGUACUCGCCUGGAGAAGGCGUCGUUGUCAAUCCUGUUGGUAGCCUGAAAUGUCAUGUGGACUCAGCAUGUGCGCCGUUCGGAAGGUCGAACCAAGGGGACAUCCUAAUCGUCCAUGGUGCGUCAAGCACGGGUUGUGUCUGGAUGUGUCGCCAAGCUCCUGCCACUGAUUCAGAGCCCAGGGGUGGUCUGCACGGCUUCGUCGUGAGCUCAUUACCAAAUUGGUCAGAGAAUCUGGAUCUGGUAGCUAAGCCCACGUCACGUAGAAGACUACCGGUUUACUCGAGGGACACUCUAUUUGCACCUAGUGGUCGACAACCUUACGGUCAUAUCACAGAGCUACGAAUGGGUCUUGAAGCCCGCAUCGGCGCUCGUGUUAAAGGACACGCUCCGUUCAAUAUCGUGUCACAUUCGUGGGUUCUUCCUCUUCUAGAAGGGGAUGUGUUUUUCAUGGUUCUUUCCUGCCCAGGACAGACCCAUGUUUUGUCCCUACCGCAUUCUCCUGAGCAGUCUAGCUUCGACGACAUACAAGCCGUGAGGACCGCUGGUCUUGACAUGCAGCACUCGACGCUGGCCGUAGCCAUGAUAGCAGGCAACUGUGUCUGCCAGAUUACAGAAUCUGCAAUCUCGUUUAGUCGCAAUGCUCAAGACAGCCUGCUUGUUGAGCAGUGGCCGUCGGGGUACAAAGCUGUCGCGGCAGCGAUCGAGGAUAACAUACCGUGUGCAGCCAUCGCACUACGCAUCGAAGGAAGAUCAGAGCUUCGGUUACUCAAAGUCGAUGAUGUUGAUGACGAGACAGUGUCUGUUUCGCACCUUGGCAAACCUAUACAAACAGAGAGUGAGGUCAUAUCUUUGGCCAUCCAUUCUACUCAGAUGUUGACAUUCGUCAUCGCUGGCGACUCCAACGGCACAUUGCAUAUUUUCAGAGUUUCUCCGAAGAACGGACUUGAGCCUUACCUGGAGCAUGAGAUACCCCAGAACCCAGAUCACUUUGAUGACCUCGAGGCCUUGAACAUCUGCGAAGACAUCCUUGUCCUGGGCGAGCAGGUUUCAUCAGACAAGCCUGCUGAUCUUAUUGUCCUUUGCGGCUUGCGAGGUGGCUCAAUCUAUGCACUCGAGCUUCGAGUUGGUCUAGAUGCAUCACUACAUACUAGUUCGCAAAGGCACUUUAGCUUGGGCUUGACGACGGUCAAUCUGAACUCCGGGAAGAGUCAUUUGUCUGCAUUUGCAACUUGUGGCGAUGGAUUGUUCAGUAUCACCAUGAAAGACGCUAGGCUGAACGCCAUAAACAUCUCUGAUGUAUACCUAACAGAGGGUCCGCACUACUUUCAGCAAGAUCCUGUUGCGGCCAUGACAAUGGUCCCGUACCAUGAAAUAUCGACCUUGUCCGAAGCCUUUAUCCUCAUCUCAGGAGACUCCUGUCUCGUGACAGCGGUAUCCGAUAGACGACAGAUGGUCCCAAAUCAUACAGCUGUUCCCGGGUCUCCUCAUACAUUGAUUGAAUCCAGACCACUGAACUGCCUUGUCAGCGCGUCUUCCUAUGUAUGGAAACGUUCGCCGACGACCAGGGCUGUACGAGAUGUGGUUCAAUUUAGCUCGGGUGACUGGAAAUGCACCUGGGAGACAGAUAUUGGUUGGAAGGUUCACUCGAUGACCGAGUGGUCUUUCAGAAGAACACCUGACGCUGCACGACAUGUCUUGAUCGCAGUUGCCGUUGGCCGGGCUACGCGCUUUGACGAGGUCGCUCCUCCCGGAUCGAUGAACGGCAAAAUCUACCUGCUUCGACCUCCAGCUGUGGGUAAAGAGGGCAACAUUCAAGUUUCACAGUCGAAGCAGUUGCAGUUCGAAUCUCCCGUAACAGCAGUCACAACCUAUAGCGACACUGAAAUCGUCGUGUGCUCUGGGAAAAGGGUAUACUUCCUCGAGUGUGACGUCGAGACGUUAAGGUUCCGUGAAGUAUGCCAUUUCGUUAUGCAUAGUGCUGGUAUGCGCGUAACUACUGCGCCACCACACAUACAUAUCACUACCGAACGCGACUCGACGCUCACACUCCAACUGGUCAACAGUCCAAACGAUUCCACUUCGAAAAUACUUCGAAACGUCGCCAGGGGUGAUGGAGCACGGCAAUCUACUAGCCAUACAACCAUCGAUAUCUCACAAGACGAUCAAACAACAUUGAGCUUCAAUCUUACGAGCACAUUGAAUGGAGAGCUUGUCGGCUUGAGGAUCCCAGAUCCCAGCCAACCCCCAAGAAUAGCUGCCCACGACAAGCUUUUCACCGCAAAGCUCCUCCGCUCGAUCAUGCGUGUAGUGGAAGCCAAAGUGCGUCCACCAUGGAAGCCUGUACACAAGACCCCAACCGUACUCAAAGACGACCUCGUCGGUAUCACCACAGACGGAACGGUCUACGGUUUCGCGGUUCUUGAUGAACGUACAGCGAAUCGCCUACGAUGGGUGCAGAGGCUGUGCCAGCGCAGCCCUGAGAUUUGUCCCUUUACCUACGGCACACCACCGACGAUUACGCAGAACGGGAUCACUAAAGUAGUACCAGUAAUACUGCCGCCUCUCGGUUUCGAAAAUCCGUCUGAUGCAACUCGCUGGAGUGGAGACAUGGUGAGGAAGCUCAGGAGACACAGGGCCGGUGACAUGCACGUCGACGGCGACAUUUUGGCUCGUUUAUUGGAGCAGGAGGACAGCGUGGAAUUACUCACCACGAUUCUUGAUGCCGAGGCCAAGAGAAGANNGGUCCACGAUCCCAUCUCAAGCUGGGUUCGUGAUAAUCUGGAGGCGCAGAAGGCGGAGGUUAAGACACUGAUUGCAGAAGCCGAGGCUGCUGUUGACCGAUGGUGG